UUUUCGGUGUUCGAGGACCUGGAUUUGUUCUCUCGGCCUGUUCGGUUCGAAGUCCUCUCAACAAGGCCCAAGGAGAGUGCUGCCUCCUAAGGGUCGUUUUCCUCCGGCUGCGAACCUCUCGGCGCCCGGCGGUGGCCCUUGCCCUUUGACCCCGUGGCGGCGGGGUGAGAGGUCGGGUGGCCAUCUUGUGGCGGCGGCGCGGGCGGCUGUUACUGCGGAGACCUGUCCCCUCCCCCCACCUGGUACCCCUAGCUGUCUGUCAGUCGGCGGAGAGCCGUGCAGCCUGUCAGCGGAGGCCUGGGCUGAGUGCGGUCGCUUUCCCCGACUCAUCGGGCGGCCCAGGCCGUUCCUUACCACCGCCACCAUGUCCUCCUUCUCAGAGUCGGCGUUGGAAAAGAAGCUCUCAGAGCUGAGCAACUCUCAGCAGAGUGUGCAGACCCUAUCCCUGUGGCUCAUCCACCACCGCAAGCACGCAGGACCCAUCGUCUCCGUGUGGCACCGCGAGCUCCGCAAAGCCAAAUCAAAUAGAAAGCUUACUUUUCUCUACUUAGCAAAUGAUGUCAUCCAAAACAGUAAAAGGAAAGGACCUGAGUUCACGAGAGAAUUUGAAUCUGUCCUUGUGGAUGCUUUUUCUCAUGUUGCCAGAGAGGCAGAUGAAGGCUGUAAAAAACCUUUAGAAAGAUUGCUGAACAUCUGGCAAGAACGAAGUGUGUAUGGCGGCGAGUUCAUACAGCAGCUGAAGCUGUCUAUGGAGGACUCCAAGAGCCCUCCCCCCAAAGCAGCGGAAGAGAAGAAGUCUCUAAAACGAACUUUUCAGCAGAUACAGGAGGAGGAAGAUGAUGACUACCCUGGAAGCUACUCUCCCCAAGAUCCUUCUGCAGGGCCCCUCUUGACUGAGGAGUUAAUCAAAGCUUUGCAGGAUCUGGAAAAUGCAGCAUCAGGGGAUGCUACUGUUCGACAGAAGAUUGCUUCCCUGCCCCAGGAAGUGCAGGAUGUGUCCCUGCUGGAAAAAAUUACAGACAAAGAGGCAGCUGAACGUCUUUCAAAAACAGUAGAUGAAGCAUGUCUGUUACUAGCGGAAUAUAACGGGCGCCUGGCAGCGGAACUGGAAGACCGGCGCCAGCUGGCUCGGAUGCUGGUGGAGUACACCCAGAACCAAAAAGAGGUUUUGUCAGAAAAGGAGAAAAAGCUAGAAGAAUAUAAACAGAAGCUUGCUCGAGUAACCCAGGUCCGCAAGGAACUCAAGUCCCACAUUCAGAGCUUGCCGGACCUCUCACUGCUGCCUAAUGUCACAGGGGGCCUGGCACCUCUGCCCUCUGCUGGUGACCUCUUUUCAACUGACUAAGACAGGUAUCAUGCUCCAGGUUCCCGUGUGUGCCAGAAAAAAGAAGCGAGUCACUGUUGGAGACAGUCCCCUGCCCCGGCUCCUUCUCUUCAGCCAGCAUCUGCCUCAGUAAUGAAGCGGGGAACUCUGACUUCUCACUCUCCUCCGGCUCCCUCCUGAGCAUGGUUCAGAACCGUGCAGAUGGACUCAGUUUUGAUUCGUAUUUGCUAAGAAUACAGACUCUUCCUCCCACUCACGUUCUCUUCCACCGCUGCGUUUCCAUUCUUAGCUCUCUUACACCCACAAGCCAUGAAAAUCAUGUGUACUUCUGGAAGCUUUUGAGAUAAGCUUGCCUCGGUGACAGCACAUGUCAUGGAAGUCUGAGCUGGCCUUGACCAGGUUCAGAACAGGCUUCCAGUGAGGGCUGGGCUGCAGGAAUUGGCUUUCCUGGCCACCCUCUGCUCACAAGGUCGGCAGCACAGCUUGCCACAAAGAGAUUGCCAAAUUGCUGACAUCUCCCGACCUGAGCACGUCUAGUAGAGAGGGUAGGUGUGUGUGUCUGUGAACGUUCUAGAGAAUCUGCAAUAAGGUUCAAAGCUGAUCUGAGACCUAGAGUACAGGUACAGAGUGGCAGGGGUCACGAGUCGUUGCCUGGCUUCUCUCCACAGCCUUCCCUGCCACACUUCUCAAGGUUCCCGGUUUCAGAGCACCUUCCUAAAGCAGGGCCCCUGCCCCUGGUGCUGGGAAGGGAGCUGUUGGGACAGUGCGCCCCGAAUAGCGCACCCCAGGCUGAUGCACCUCCACAGCCCACAGCUGGAGUCCGGGCCUUCCCCCUCCCACUGGGGCUGGAGCUUACAGUUAGAGCACCAUGUGGACAUACAUCCCCAGCAUGGCGGCUAACCUUGAACAUCUACAGCUAGGACACUGAGCCUGCCAGCAUCACGCUGCUCUCUGCAUCCAUGCUCCCACGCAGAGAGGAGAACUCAUACAAAGACCUCUCCUCCAGCAGGGGAAGGAACAGAGGGAGACUGAUUGGGGUUUUAAUUCCAUUAUCAUGCCAGCUGACCUUGUGACCGAAUGAUGUGGUUGAGAUUUUUACGUCUCGUAAAGAUUGGGCCUGCACCUGGAAGUGAUUGUAAUCUGGCAGGCUUGUUUGACAUUGGAAAGGGCAGAAACCCUUUUGUCCUCCUAGUGUAAUAGGAAUUGUUGCCUGGAGCUGAAGUCCAAAAGCUGUAAGAAGGAAUUCAGUGAAGGGACCUUGAGAAGCUUCAUUACUUUAAGUUGCUGUUUUCAGGAUCACCAAAAAAGCACACAUCGUUUUUUACAUGUUAAAGCAAACCUGUGUCAUUGUAGGCAGGCUUCAGUCUGAGAAGCCACCCUGCCUGCUAUGAGGUGAGACUCAGUUCCACUGUGUCCAGCCUGGUCACUGUGGAAACUGUUAUCACAUCGAAUGCAGGCUGCUGUUUGCUUGUUCACUCUGCCUCUUCUGUCAGCAUCCUUUUCUCCAGAGGCUACAGGACAGCACUGACUUGGGUGAAAUCCCGUCUCUGCUGCGGAACACCUCCCCACACACAGCGCCACUAUACUGUCACGUGCACACCAUCCUCAACUCCUCCCCCAGACACUGCUUUCCCACGAGACAGACAAAAGAUUGUAGCGGCUCUGCUCUGAUGACAACUUGAUGGAGUCGGCUCAGUGCUGUGUUUUAUUCUUUGGAGUCUGACAGCAAUCAGUGUGUAACUCUUAGAGCAGGAUCAAGACACGAACCAGUAGCGAUUAUGUAAAUGAAUGUGUUGGUCUCUUAACACCAGUUGCUAGCAGACUUCUGUAAGGAAGUUAGUUUUGUUUUAAUGAAAUGCUUCAGUUUUUUAAUCUUUCUUGUUGUCUGCCUCUCCUUCCUCCCCUCCCUCAGUCUCCCAACUGUGUGCUUACUUCCCUUGUUUAACUUAAGUGAAACUUUUGUCCCUGAGAGUUGAUCUGGUGGGUGGGGUGGGUGACUUCUGGUUUUGUGUUUCUUUAGGGGAUCCAUAGGCCUCAAGGAUCUUUCCUUUAGGGUCAUAUUCCUCAGAAAGUCUUCAGUCUUUCUUUGUUUUUGUUUUGUUUUUCCUAAAGGAUAUUUUUAAAGCUUAAAUUUGUAUAUUAAUUUAGGACUUUAUUUAGAAGUAUAGGCUGCCAUUGGUGACAGCAGUAUAUUCUGAAAUGUCUCAUAGAUAUAUAUUUUUGAAUAAAGAUGGUGUUGUUGAACAACA